UACCAAAUGCGUUCUUCAUCUGUAUGAAUCAGUCGGACACUAAGUCAGUCACCAGCCGGCAGCACGUCCACACACUUCCCCCCACACACACACACACACACACGGGGAGAGAGAGAGAGAGAGAGGUCCAUUCCAUUCAUGUCGGCCAGCAGCAAGGCUCAAAAACUCAGGCACAUCGUUCGUUCGUCACAUCGACAGAGUGCGACAGAGACACCACCGAGUGAGCUACGAGGGAAAAGGGCCGCCUGCCUGCCUACCGAGAGAGCUAACCACAACGACACACACACAUCCACACACACACUGCCUACCUACCUACCCACCUGAUUGACACUGGACGAGCGCAUUCCGCGACGUCCGUCGUCAGCUUUCCUUGAGCAAAAAAAGAACCCUUCCCGACACCCACGACAAGAGAGAGACCACAGGAAACCACAAGGAGAGAAAUCACGCACCCUCACACCGCCACACCGCACCCACAUGUGCCCGAUAACGUGAAAAACUCAUGCCUGUGUGCCUGGCUGGCUGUUGGUGUCAGCAAAUGGGUUGGUGGUGCCAUGCAGUCACUCUACGGACGGACGUACGAAGGCAAUCAGCGAGUGUGUGUGAGUCUAGUAGAGGUUGUCGGCCUUCUCGAGCUUGACGAUCUUCUCGGCAAUGCCCUUCUGCAGCGUCGAGCGGAUCUCGUCGUUGAUGAACGAGAACGUCUGCAUCACACACGUACACACAGACAGCACAUCAAGUCCACUGCACCGAUGCCACCAUUCUCCCCCCCUCUCUGCGCCUGUGUGUCUGUGUCGCUUUCUAACUGACCUGUGCGGCAAACUUGGCGACAUUGUCUGGUCUGAGGCAGUAGGCGUUGGAGGAUCCCGGGGGGUUCUUAAGGCAGCUCUCGUUCCAGCCGUCGGGGGGGCAGGACACCACUGGGAAGACAGAGUGGUAGGAGGCCGUCCCGGAGAGCGCGUCGGUGCCGCCCGCACAGCCCACAAUCAGCAUCGGCUCGAUGGAGCGGUUGUAGUACUCCAGGGCCUGCUCCAACUUGCUCGGCUGCACACACACACACACACACGGAACAGAGAGAGAGGGAAAGGUGCCAUCGAUGGAUGUGUGUGUGUGUUGUGUUGCGUAGUGUGUUGAGUACACACCUGUUUGUGUGCGGAGCAGAUGCGAAUGUGCGAGGGGACGCCGAACUUGGUGAGGUUGUCCUGGAUCUUCUGCAGGUGCGGCAUGUCCGAGUCGCUGCCCGCAAAGAUGCCCACACAGCAACUGAAUCACCACACACACACACACACACACACACACACAGAGGUGAGGACAGUACGUGUGGUGUGGUGUGGUGUGGUGUGGUGUGUUGGCCACAAACGUCGCACCCCUUGAUGAGUUUCUUUGAGACCAGGUUCAUGAGCAGUCUCUUGGGCGGCGUGAGGGGGGAGGCCGGGAACUCAAAGGUCUGCCCGGUGAUUCUCUCGAACACAUUGAUGUACCGAUACACACACUCAACCACCUGACACACACACACACACAUCCAUCCAUCCAGCCAUCCCUUGCUUUGCUGUGCUGUGUUUGUGUUUGUGUGGGUCUGUCUGACCUGUUCCUCUGUGAGUGUGGGGACCGCCUUGCCGGGUUUGAAGCCCUGCUCGAGCAGCACGUCCCUCACGUACUGCUUGGAGAACUCCUUCACCUUGAGCUCCGGCCUGGCGGCCAGCAGCUCGCUGACAUCCUUGUACUGCCCGCCCUUCAUGGCCUCGACGAUCUGCGGCCACUUGGUCUCGAGCUCCUUGGCGUCGCACAGGCGGCUGCUGUCGGGCGUGUUGACCUCGUCAAUGACGUGCAGCUUGCCGCUCUCGUCGGUGCCGAACUCGUACUUGGUGUCGAUGAGCACGAGGCCGCGCUUGGCGGCCAGCUCCUGGCCUCUGGCGAAGAGCUUGAGGGAGAUGUCCUUGGCCUGCUGCGCCAGGUCCUUGCCGAUGAGGGCCUCCACCUCUUGGUAGGUCAUGUUCUCGUCGUGGCCGACCUCUGCCUUGGUGGUGGGGGUGAAGAUGGGCGUGGGGAACUGCUGGAAGCGCAGAAGGCCGUUCUGGACGGGGAGGCCGCAGAAGGUGCGCUCGCCCUUCUCGUAUGCGGCGGCCAUGCUGCCCCAGAGGUAGCCGCGGACGAUGCACUCGACGUUGAGGUUCUUCAUCUUCUUCUGGAUGACCACAUUGGGGUCGGCGUCGUCGGUCACCAGGGCGUUGGGGAUGAUGUCAGACGUGUUCUCGAACGCCCAGCGAGUGAUCUUGUUCAACAACUGACCCUGCAAGCAAGCAAUCAAUCACACACACACACACACACACACAGACGCACACACACAGACGCACACACAUGGAUGGAUGGAUGGAUGAGUGCGCCAUCCCUCCCUCCCUCGCCGCCUCUCAACGCUGUGCUGUCCUGCGUACCUUGAAAGGGAUGAGGUUUGGCAGGACGUAGUCGAACGCCGAGACCCUGUCGCUGGCGACCAUGAAGACGUUCUUGUCGGUCAUGUAGAUAUCCCGCACCUUGCCCUUCUUGACACGACCCAGCUCGGGCAGCAGGCAGUCGUCCAGCGUGUAGCCCAGGUGCUGGCGGAUCUUGCUCUUCGUGUCAGACUCAGUCAUGACGUGGCCCAUUGCUUUGCUUGACGGACGAUGGAACGACGGGAGAGAGGCGACUGGCGGAUUAGCUGCUGCGACAAAGGCGAGAACUCACGAGCGCUGAG